AUGAAGGUAAAGAAAAUAACCUCUGUUGUGAACACCGUGGAAAGUAAACGCUGAGAUCUCAACAGAAAGUUGAGGCAGAAUAAUCUCAUGACAGAGAUCAAAAAGAGGGAAAGGAAUAUCUCCCAGCAAAACCAGAAAAUGUUUCAACGCUUAGCCUCAAUAGUGAGCAGACCAAACCAGAUUAGGUUUGAAGGCAAAGGACCAAACUCUCUGAAUUUUGGUAGGCGGAAAAGUGAAAUGAGAAGAAUUAUGAAGUCUAAUAUUGAUAUUUUAAAGUAACAUCAAAAAUGCUAAACCAGCCUUGCCAAUCAAAGAUCUUCAGAAGAGGUUUCUUAAAAAUGAAAAAUACAAAACAAUAGUUUCUACUUAUGAUGAAUAUGGUAAGAAGGAAGAUCCAGUUGAAAGAUACAUGCAUCAGGUUUAUUACGAUGUCUCACCUUCUCCAAGAAAGAAGAUAGACCAAGGCUCCUCUAGAGCUACCUUCAAGCCGAGGACAAAGAGAAAAGGAUCUAUAGAUGCAAAGAAGAUGAGAUGGACAGGUGCUAAAGAGUAUCCAGGAGUUAGGAGCUUCCAGUUCUCCCCUUCUAAAGAGAGAAGUGAUACUCAGAGACCUAGUAUGUUCCCGUCCAUCAGUGACCUUAAAGAGAGAUUCAUGUCGGUUGAUCAGUUUAAUUCUAUGAUCUCAAAUGAAAUGGCAGAUAUUAGGAAGAUCAAGAAGGGGAAGAAGAAGUGUUUGAAAAGUGUGCAGCAGGUGUUCCAAAAUCAUGAGCCUUCCACUCAAGAUCACAUCUUCAGCACCUCCAUGAAUGUGGUCUAAGUACUUAGUGAGGUGUUCAAAUUUCAAUAAUG